AUGUCGACGAUGCAAGCCCAACAUGACCACUCCCAGGCCUGCUGCAACGUACCGCCCGUGGUAGCAAAGAACUACAGCGAAAGGGGUAGCUACGAGGAGCUCGGUGGCAUGAAGUCAUACGUGACCGGCCCGCAAGGCGCGACCAAGGGCAUAAUCGAGAUCUUCGACAUCUUCGGCUUCAAGCCGCAGACCAUCCAGGGCGCCGACAUCCUCGCCACCUCGGACGACUCGCAGAAGUACCGCGUCUUCGUGCCGGACUGGUUCGGCGGCGAGCCGUGCCCGCUCGAGUGGUUCCCGCCCGACACCGAGGACAAGCAGAAGAAGCUUGGCGGCUUCUUCCAGAAGUUCCCGCCGCCCAGCGUCGCCGAGAAGGUCCCCGGAUACCUCAAGGCCGUCAGCGAGAAGUACCCCGAGAUCAAGGAGUGGGCUAUUGUCGGGUUCUGCUGGGGUGGCAAAGUAGUCUCCCUAGUGACCGCCGCGCCCUCGAACCCCUUCAAGGCCGCCGUCGAGUGCCACCCAGCCAUGGUCGAGCCCGCCGACGCCGAGAAGAUCAAGAUCCCGCUCGCGAUGCUGGCCUCCAAGGACGAGGACGCCGAGGCGGUCAAGAAGUUCGAGCAGACACUUUCGGGCCCCAAGCACGUCGAGACGUUCAGCGACCAGAUCCACGGCUGGAUGGGUGCGCGUGCCGAUCUUGAGAACGAGCGUGUGGCUGGCGAGUACAAGAGGGGGUAUGAGACUGUGCUCAAGUUUUUGUCUCAGCAUCUGUAG